UCUUGUCCUUCUUUCCAUAGAUAAACUUACCAACCAAACAUAAAGUCCAAUUGGGUUUCUCGGGUUGCAGCCCAAUUCCCUAUCUCUCUCUUCUCUCUGCGAAACCCUAGAUCUCAAUCCUUUGAAGAAGAUCUGCUUCUGGAUCAGGCCAGGAUUUGGAGUCUCCGAUAGUUAAGAUGGAGACAAUUCCAACUGAUAACAACGCUAUCGUUAUCGCGGCGGAACUGCCGGGCAAGCGCCGGAAAAAGAAAUCCGUCGUUUGGGAACACUUCACAAUUGAGACUGUCGGUGUUGGUUGCAGAAGAGCUUGCUGUAAACAAUGCAAACAAUCAUUUGCUUACAGUACUGGUUCGAAAGUAGCUGGUACGAGCCACCUUAAACGUCACAUAGCCAAAGGUUCUUGUCCUGUUCUUCUUCGUAAUCAGCAGAAUCAAUUCUCACCCUUUAGUGCUCCAUCUAAAUUGGGUGGAUCUGACCCACCAAAACGAAGAUACCGAACUCUAAACCCGUCUUACCUUGGGUUCGACUCUGAACGAUGUAGGCACGAAAUUGCGAGAAUGAUAAUCGUCCAUGAGUACCCACUUCAAAUUGUGGAGCAUCCUAUUUUCAUUAAUUUUGUGAAGAACCUCCAACCGAGAUUUGAAAUGGUUAGCUUCAACACUGUUCAAGGAGAUUGUGUGGCUACUUAUCUACGAGAGAAACAAAAGCUACAGAAUAUUAUCGAGGGAAUUCCGGGUCGAAUCUGUUUAACCUUAGAUAUGUGGAAUACGAGAUACUCAUCCGGUUAUGUGUUUCUCACUGCCCAAUUCAUUGAUAAUGAAUGGAAGCUUCACCGGAAACUUCUUAACUUCAUUAUGGAAAUCUUUCCUGAUUCUGAUCUCGCCUUCAACCAUUCUAUUGCGGCUUGUCUCGCCGAUUGGAACAUGGAGGGUCGACUUUUCUCGGUUUCGAUCAACCAACCAUUGACUGAUACUGGAAUGGAUAAUAUCCGAGUUUUGCAAUCGCUCAAGAACCCGGGUAUGCUCGGUGGACAGUUAUUACUUAGCAAUUGUCUCGCCCGGUCACUCAGCGAAACUGCCUUGGAGGCAUUUCGGGUGGCGGAAUCAACUGUCUUGAAAAUAAGAGACUGCGUUAAGUACGUAAAGACUUCUGAAUCCCAUGAGGAGAAAUUCUUCAUUCUUAAGCAACAACUUCAGGUCCCGAGCUCGAAAACUUUGGCUAUGGACGACAUUUCGAAAUGGAACACGACCUACGAAAUGCUCAUAUCCGCCUCGGAAAUGAAGGAGGUUUUUGCCUGUUUCGACACAAUCGACCCCGAUUUCAAAUUCACCCCGACUAUGGAAGAAUGGAAGCAAGUCGAGACGAUCUGCACUUACAUGAAAUUCCUUUCCGAUACAGCCAAUAUAUUAGCGUCUCCGAAUCUCCAAACGACAAAUGCCUUCUUCCACGAGGUUUGGAAGAUCCAGCUGGAGCUGUGUCGAGCUUCAGCUGUGGAAGACCUAUUCAUAAGUGACAUCGCAAAAGCGAUGCGGGUUCCGUUUGACAAUUAUUGGAAAAACUGUUGUCUAGUAUUGGCUAUCGCUGUUGUGAUGGAUCCUAGGUUUAAGAUGAAGCUUGUAGAGUUUAGUUUCUCGAAGAUCUACGGUGAGGGCUCGGCUGAAUAUGUUAAGAUUGUGGAUGACGGAAUCCACGAGCUCUUUUACGAGUACAUGACGGAAGACAAUGUUGGUGUUCGUGUUGGUGGUGGUGGUAUCAAGAUAGAAGGGUCGCCAACUAGCAUGGGGGUUAACGAUGCUUUGGGACUGACAGAUUUCGAUGUUUACAUUAUGGAGACUUCGAGUCAGCAAGAACGAUCGGAGUUGGAUCAGUAUUUGGAGGAGUCAUUGUUGCCUAGGGUUCAUGAAUUCGAUGUUUUGGGAUGGUGGAAGAUAAAUAAGAUGAAGUACCCGACUUUAUCGAAGAUGGCUCGUGAUAUAUUGACUAUCCCUGUUUGCACUGUGGGUCCUGAAUCGGUGUUCGAUACAGAUAGGAAGGAAUUGGAUGAUUAUAAGUGCCGGUUGAGGCCAGAGACGGCUGAGGCUCUUAUUUGCGCGAAGGAUUGGCUGAAAGCUGAACCGGUUGAUAUUUAUAAUGCUUUGGUGAAGAUGGAAUUUCCUAUCUAAAGGUUAUUAUUAUUGAUGUUGUUAGACAGACUGUUAAAUGCUAGUUUUUGUUUUUUGAAUUGUGGUGUUUGAUUUUAGACAAGUUAGGGAAAAGAAUUGUGUACUAUUGUUCUCUUGGGGAUUUAUUUGGAGGUACAGAUGUUUCAUGACUCAGUUUCGGUUU